AUGAACAGAUAGUAGUUCUUAAAAAACAGAUUUGGUAACAUUUUUAAAAAGCCAGAAAAUAAACCUAAAGAGGAUGAGAAAAAUCAAUUUGAGAAGAAACUCUUCAUCAAUACUCAUCCUCAAGAAGAAGAAGAGGACAUUCUUAUUUCAGAAGAGAACUAUUCGUAGCUGAAAGAAUAGAUCAAAAAUAAAAAGAAAGUUUAUUUGCAAAUAGGAACAGAUAAAGAAAAGAAAUUUAUAUUGGAAGUUAGUUAAAAAAGCUUUAAGCCAUAGAAUACAGGUUUCGAAAUAUCAAUAUAAAGAAGAUUAACAAAUUUAUUUUAAAUUCAAUUAUAAAAUCAUAAAUUUGAAGAUACUAUAAAAUAAAUUAGCUAAUAAGAAAUAGAAUCUUAUGCUCUUAGCUUUGUUGAAGUAUCUUUUAAGGAUUAAUUUAUAUCGAGGAGAGAUUUAAGGAAUAUCGAUUAGUAUUUAGAUAAUAUGGUAGUUUAUACAAACAAAAUUAUAAAUUAUAAUGGCAUGCGUCUUUUAACCAUGAAUAUGAUGAAGAAUGAUAAGAUUGUUUAUUCAGGCUUUAUUACUUCAUAAACAAAAAAGAUAUACAGAAGUCAAAGCUCUAGAUAUUCAGUUCUCAUUGAAAUCAAUAAAGAAAUAUUUGAGUUUGAUGGUUAUGGUGAAAUAUACUGGGAAAAGGUUUAUAAAUUUUUAAGGGUUUUCUUUUCAAGAUGUUUAUACUUUAACACAAACCAUAAUUUAGAUAUCAUUUUAUAUGGUAGACUCUUCUAUCCUUAAUUUAAUAGCUUGGAGUAAGCUUAUAAAGAACUAAUAGAUCUAAAAGCGAAGGACUCUGGAGUCAUAUAGGGUUUUCAGGAUUCUUAAAGUUGCUUCUAAAUUAACAAUGAAAGAUAGGUAUUUUAGGACGUUUAUAGAAAAACUGUCCUCAAGUUAGGUUAAAAGAAUAUAGAAAAAAAUUUAAAUCAAAUAUGGCAUGCUUUCAAUGAAUUUUUAUGUGUAAUUAACUGGAAAAAAAACGUUAACCCUAUCACAACAAAAAUAAUCUAAAGCUAUAAUUAAUAUCUUUCGAACUCUGAUAUUCACCAAAGCAAUUCAUCUCCUAAUCUAUUAAACCCGAAUAAUGAAAUAAAAUCUCUAAAAAUAAAUACUGUCACUGUUCAUUAAGAAUCUAGCUCAAAGUAAGUAAAAAGAGAGAGUACUCACUCUACUAGAAGGCAAAUUUCUUGUAGACAUUAGAGGAAAAUUGAGUGCUAUCCAAUUGAAUGUGAGCUUUCAUAUAGUUACAAGUCUAACUUCUUAGAAGCUUUAAGUGUGGUUUCUUUAUAAUUUACAAAGCACUAUAUUUCAAGAUCCUUGACAGAAACUGGUCAUAAUAUUAUUAAUAUCACUUGCGGUGAUACUAGAUACUACUCAGACUAAGGCUUAUAUAAAAUGCUUAAGAAUCUUCUUCUACUUCAUGAUAUUCGUUGCACCUAAGUAUCUCUAAGAGAAACCUAUGCCUCUCAAAUUACUACUCAGAUCAUUUUUCCAGUAAGUCCAUAAAAUAAAACAAUACAGGAAUCUUAAGAUAUAAUCAGAAAGCAAGAGUAUAUGGAAAAUUUGCUAUAUAAUUGUAUUGAAAAUUCUAUGAUUCAAGAUAAACAAUUUCAUAGCGAGCUAAUGCCUAAAUUACCAGAGUCUUUUAGGAGUUACUAUGGAUUUAUUUAAUUUAGUGAUACCUUAAAUAAUCUUAUUAAGUUAGAUAACUAGAAAAUAGAGCAAAUGUUUCCAAACUUAAAAUUGAAGUGCAACCAUGAAUAUCAUUAUAUUUUUAAUGAUGAGCUAAACCAACACUACCAGUCAAGGUAGAGCUAAAUAAAUUCUAUUAAAACGGCUCAGCCUUAUUGGAUUUGCAAGAGUAACUUAACUGAUGAUGCAAUGAAAUGCCAUGAAUUGGUUUAUUCGUCAAUGUAUAUCGAUCCUAUAUUUUCUCUUUAGACUAAAUUUUUUAAAGAAGACUUCCGUUUAAAAGAAAUUAAUUAUAUGACAGUCAAGGCUAUUGAAUAAAAUAAGCUUGAACCUCCUUAGAAUGAUCUAAAUCAGAAAGUACAAAACUUAGUGAAAAGGCUGAUUGAAUCUAAGCAUUCGAAUGAUGAAAAUGCAACUAUUUCAAAUAAAUCAUAAAGACAAUUGAUUUUACAAGAAGUAAAAAAGUAGGAUGAAGAAAUAUUCAAACUCCAAUCAGUUCAAGGAGGUGAAAACAAAUUAAAUGAAAUAAAGAUAUGUAGAAACUAGUCAAAUAAUUUUGCUAUUGUAGCUAAUUAAAGUUCACCUUUUUACAACUAUAGUGGUGAUGAAAUAAAAGAUGAUUAAUUAAGCAGUGUGUCAAAUAGUAUGUCAUUUAGUCCAUAAAUAAAUCCAAUAUAAAGUUAGUAAUCUAAAUAUGUAUAAUCUUGUAAUUUUUAAACUGAUUUAUUCAAUAACGGCUUGGAUAAUGAAAUUAACAUCUUCACAACAUAUGAGUAUACUAGAAAAGAUUUAAAUCAUACUUUUAGAGAUGAAGCACCGCUUAACCUAGCUUCUUCACCAUCACAUACUAGCUCAAUUUUAUAAUACGAAAAACCAGCAGAUAAUUACCCUGAAAAAGAUGACCAAUAAUAAAUUAAAUCUCAUAACAGAUCAAGAUUAGAAUUGGCUUACCUAUCCAGUAAAAUGCAUUGGCUUCAAAACAAUUAUGAUGAAAAAACCAAGAGAGAUUUCGAAAAUGUAUAAAUGAACAUAGAUGAUUCUCAUUAUCUGAAGCCUUAAUUUGGAUAACUUAGUUUAUUUCAAUAAAUACCUACUAAUCUCAAUCCUCAAUAAAAGAUAAAAGUUUAGAAUUCUUAGCAUCAGCUCUUAUUUGAAAUAGAGAGAUUCUGGAAGAGCAUUGUUAUUCCAUUUCUCCCUCCUAUUUUCACAAAUUAUAUUCCUAACAGAUAUUAAAAGGGUAAGCCACUAUAAAAAUUUCACUAAGACGCGAAUCAUUUCUUGGAAGCUAUUGUUGGUUAUAGAUUGGCAAACAAUUUCUAAAUCAUAGUUGAAAACAAAGAAAACAUACCUCAUAAACCGUAAGCGCUUAAGGAGAUUAAACUAAUCAGAGGAAAUUAUUAUCAAUUCAUUAAGUUUGAUGAUGCAAGUCAAAAUAUUACUCUCAUAGACCACGAAAAGAUGCAAAAGAAGAAAAAAAAACAAGAACCAAGUAAUAGCACAGACUCAAUACCUUCAAUACUUUACAAAUUCUUGAUUAUUGAUGAUAAGAGUGGUAAACUUUUGAAGAAAUAGCAACUAAUUUAAACUGAAGGUAUCUAGGAUAAAUUGAAAAACUAUGACUUACUUAUUGGUAAAAAUGAAGAACCAAGCAUUUAAAGCAUAAUGAACGAAUGCUCUAAGAAAAUAUGCUUACAAAUAUCCCCAACAGAUUCACAUUAAAGCAGAUAAAAUUAAAAUAGCAUGGAAAAACUCAAAUAAAAUUUUGAAAAUUUCCUUACGUCUUUUAGGAAGAAUCUCUUAGAGAUGAUUAAAAAGAAUCCUGAUUAGAAGGCAGUAACAUAAGAGACUUUUAAUGAAAAAUUUAAUUUUAGUAUGCUAAACAGCUAUUCUUAAAAUUGGAACACUUAGCAAUCUCAUUAAACAAACAACAGCGUGCUAAACGUUAAUUAGAUGAAUAACAAUUUAAAUUUAAUAGAUACUGUGGACUAGUUAGGAGUUUCCACUUCUACACAAAUAAAUAACAACAUGAUUAAUUAUGGCACAUUCGAUAAGAAUUAAUACUAUGAACAAACUGUAUAUGCUAAGUCAUUUUCUAAUAAAGACAUAAAUUGCUUAGAUUUUUUCAUAGUUUAGUUCCAAAAGAACUGGAUCCCUGAUGGUGUUUUUAGAAUUCAUAUCUAUUGGUUAAGCUUUCCUAGUAGUAUUAUCUCUGAAUUUAUCAAGAGCAUAAAUUAAUUGACUAGACCUAAUUCUUUACAAAUGCACUAUAUGCAGUUUAUAAAUGAAUCUAUUUUUAGAUAUUAAUUAGGCUUUGAUUACUCUACUCCAAUCAAAGUUUUAAGCUCAUAGAUUCUGAAUGAGUUGAGAGAUUUUAUCAUAGAACAUGAUUUUUGUCCAGAUGUUACAAAUCCAAAUACAUUUUUACACUACAAGGGUAUAGGCUAAGUGUUUUUAUCUUACCAAGAUAACAAUUUACUAAUGAAAGAGAAUGUAGAUUUCAAUGAUGAGUAAGACUAGAGCGAUUUUAAGAAUCUAUACCAAAUCAUACAAAAUAAAGCAGACUAGCUCAAUUAGAUUCAUUUUCACUUGAAUUAGGUUGAAUAUGUGAAAUCCGAUUAGUCCUAGUGA